AUGUCGCAAAUCAAAGAAGUAAAUGGUAUAUGGAUGGCUUAUCAUGAUGCAGUACCAAAGGAACAACUUGAAACUCCAAACAACUCAACACACCAUCAUAACACCCAGCUUGCUAACAUGGAACCAAAGCAAGAAUUGAAAGAAUGGGACGGGGCUGCAGGUGCUCUUGACCUGAGCAUCAAGAAACCAACUAGUCCCAGGUUAAAAUAUUCUGGAGAGGAUGGGGACACCACUGCUGGAGAGGAGAAACCUUUACUGGGCGAGCUUUCAUCUGGCAGAGAAAAAUCGGUUUCACCUGAAAACGUUGAAGUAGACUUGAAGCACAUAAAGGACAAAGUGGUGAUUCUAGUAUCCUCGGGUUGUGAUGGAGGAAGUGCGGUUGAUGUAGCUGCCUGUCCGUUACCUGAAUUGCCUCUGGAGGAUAACGUGGAAGGCACACUCAAGGAUGGCACGGAGUGUGCAGAAAGGGACAACAAUCUAUCAAGUGCAAUGUCUGUGGGCCCAGAUAUACUUCGCCAUCAUCAUGCCGAUUCUCCUUGUCCGCCUCAAGUGACAGAGUCAACUCCUCCUGCCUUGCCAGUGGAAGAUUCCACCUCGCCUUGUAACCUCAAGGUAGAACCUGGUAGUCCGUCACCGCAAGCAAUGGACCAUGCCAGUCACGACACGCCUAUCCAGGAUUCCGCAUUUCCUGAAGUGGUGCCAAAGACAGAUCCCGGCAGUCCCACGCCACCCACAGACAGGACUUCAAGUAGCACCAGUAGCACAGAUCAUAGCCCUGGUCCUUCAUGCACCAGUAGCACCAAUGCUAGCCCUGUUCCUUCGAGACCGUACAGCUCCAUGCUUCCCAUUCUGUCAAUACCCAAGGUUAGACUGAGACAGAAUAGGAGUGAGGGUCAAUUAUCCUGGACUCAUGUGCCGUCGGACUCGCCUUCUCUGAACGUAGGGGGAUACUUCCUAGAUGGACGUGGAGGGUCAACGUCCGGAGAACAGAGCGGCUUGGAUCCCAUGGAUUACAGCAGUAAGUCUUUGUCAAUGUCAGCGGAAAGUGGAACCGAUGACCCGAUGUUGAGACCCUCCCUUCUUCAGAUGGCUCUACAGCAUGGCUCAACUCAAGUCAACAUGCCAGCCACUUCACAGGCGCUGGAAGAGCAAAUGGAACUGAGACGAACAGGAAGUAGUGUAGGGACAUGCCCCACCUUGCCCAUCAACCCCAAGAAUUCUGGAAAAGCCAAACCUCGUACCAAGACUCGGGAGAAGCGGUACUACCAGUGUGAACAUUGUAACAUCAUCUAUGAGCAGCCCCGUAAGCUGGAACGGCACCUACAAGAUCUGGUUGGCAAACCACCUUACGUGUGCUGUUACUGCGACAUGGCAUUUCCAACUCUUGGUUGCAAGAGGUUUCACUCUCGUCUACAUGAGGACAAGACCAUGCCAUGUCCGUAUUGCCCGAAGGUAUUCCAUGAAAGGCGCAGGUAUGAUGAUCAUGUCCGCUCGCACACAGGCGAAGCACCGUUUAUGUGUCAGGAGUGUGGAAACGUUUACCGUACACGGAGUGCGCUCCGCAUCCACAAACGCACGCACGGCAACGACAAGCCCUUGCAGUGUCGUUUCUGCCCCAAGCGUUUCAUUCGGAUCGGAGAUGUUCAGGUGCAUGAACGCACCCAUACGGGAGAGAAGCCCUACAAAUGCGGGAUCUGUGAGAGUUCCUUUGCGACCAGCAGCCAAGUCAAUCGCCACAGACGCACACAUUCAGAAGAGCGCCCCCAUCAAUGUUCCUAUUGCAAUAAGACUUUCAAGAAUCCAGACUAUCUAAUAACUCAUGAAAAAAUGCACCUUGGCCAUAAGCCACACCACUGCAAGUACUGUCCUAAACAGUUCCGUACCCCAAGAGAAUUGGUUCAUCAUGAGCGUGUGCAUACAGGUGAGAAGCCCUUUGAGUGCAAGGAGUGUGGACAUCGCUUUUCCAAAAAGACCAACCUCAAACAGCACGAAUUGCAGCACACUGGUAUCAAGUCCUUCAAGUGUUCCAAGUGUCCAAAGUCCUUCUACAGGAAAGCAUCUCUUAUGUGGCAUGAGAAAAUCCAUGAGAAUCGGGAACGCUUCCUCUGUAAGGAAUGUGGCAAGCUGUUCUUCAAGGAGUCAUCGCGCGACAAGCAUGUCCGUAAAGCUCACGGUAAAGAUGAGGGUUCUGAGAGUGGCAAUGGGGACGGUGAUGUGUUGGAGGAGGACGACGGAGAAGAAGGUGAAUUACAGGAUACUGAAGGUGGAGAAUCAUCCCGUGAAAAAACCCCUGAUACGUAUCCCAGGGCUGCAUCGCGAGAAAAGCGUACUCCGAGUAAAGUCCAAAAUGAUGGAACUGAUAGCACAUGCGAGGAAUGUGGUAAGACAUUUCUGGCCCGCAGAUCACUCCUGCGACAUUACAGAGCGAUUCACAACCGCUACAUCUCCAGAAAUGGUGAGGGUGACUCUCCUGGGACAAAACCGAAGAAAUCCUUUUCUUGUAGAAUAUGCUCCGAGACAUUCCUGACUGAUCAUCUACGGCAUGUCCAUGAAGGUACGCACACCAACGCAUCCUUCACCUGUGAAACGUGCAGCAAAACGUUCUCCACUCGCCAGCUCCUUGUGAAGCACCAGAAGAUCCACUCCGAUGUCAAGCCUCACGUCUGUGAAACCUGCGGGAGUGCCUUCACCAUCAAGUGGUACUUGAACAGACACAUCAACAUCGUGCAUUCUGACGUGUACAGCCAUACCUGCUCCAUCUGCGACAAGAAAUUCAAAUCCAAGACGGCGCUCAGCGUCCACAUGCAACUCCACAACGUCGAAGGUAAGGUGUACAGAUGUGAUCAAUGCGAUGCAGAGUUUCACGUGAAGCGUUACCUUGCCAGACACAAGCGAAAGUACCACCGUGGCAAAGACAGUGCCAAGACUGCUCGCCGUGCCAACACUAAACACAAGGAAGAUUAUGAUGACGAUGAUGACGAUGACCCUAUGUAUGACUUCGAUGAUAACAUGGAUGAUGAUGGCUUUGAUGUCAUGAAUGAUGAUUCCCAAGCGGUGUCUGGGGUGUUCCUGCGUCAGAUGCUCUCCAAGGGCAGUGACCUGGAUGAUUUCAACAAAUCUUCUAAGGCACUUAACAACCAUGACCAUUCAGAUCUAGAAGACACUACAAAUACUUUAAAUAAUCAUGAAUCCGACAGUAAUAGUGUUCCUAAGGUUGAUAGUGACCAUGAUGGUUCUUCAUUUAAAAAGGUACCCAGCAAAGAUCAGGACAUUGAUCAAGAACACCAAUUAAUGCAAUCUUCUGCUGACAUUGCAAGUACCUCUAAAGAUAUCAGUUUUAACUUUACCCCAGAAGAUGAUGAUGCUGAACCUUUUGUUGACAGGGAGGAUAAUCAUGAUGACGAUGGAGGUGAUGAUGAUGAAUACGACGGUGCUUUUUCCCUUGAUGAUGAUGAAAUGUCAGAUUAUGUUUAACGACUAGAUUAUUCUUAUGCAGCAGUCAAACUACAUGUAACAAAACCGACUCCAGACAGAUCAAAGCUGCCGCGUUAUUUAGAAUGGCAUAUUGUCGAUUGGUGUGAAGUGGUUCUUGUUGGGUCAGUAUAGUUUUAGAGUGCAUUUAUCUGUAUUUUUGAUAGAGAGAAGGGCAGGCAACAAAAGGCUUAUUUAUUAUUCUCAUACCCCAUUUAUCAUAUCAACUCUUUGCACACUGAGCCAAUUUUUUUGGAUAAUAAUGACAAUUGUUUCCAAGUUAUUUUCAUCCAUAUUGCAUCAUUGAUGCUUAUAUAGAUGUCAUCCAAGAACAAUUGCCUUUUAUUAGUUUAUCUAAUUUGAAGGUAGGGGAGAAAAUUUCAAUUUAGUUGUACGACUGUGCAAACUUGCAACAUCAGCACGCAAAGGGUUAACCAACAUAUACAGGCUCUAUCCAUGUUACGUCCAUUUUCCAAACCCACCUCCAGACGUUUCCCAGAAAUCUCUCCGAGACUCUUCAAAUAAAAUCAAUCUAACCCUGGGGAGUAUUCCAUGAAACAAAUAAAUUAGUGAUUUUUUCACUAACAACUGUUAUAAGCUACUGAAAAAUUUU